AUGCCGAACAGCGAAGGCGAACAUGACGGGUCUCUUCCCCCUUUGAUUCCAACCAUGCGAACUGGCUUUGAUGAUCAAUUUAUGUCUGGGUUUCGUUUCCUUCUCACGCCGAAGGGCUACCUCCAGGAUCCAUUCCCAGACAAUGAGCACGGUACAGGGCCCUGGUGGAUCAGCUUAGAUCGGAGUCUUCCGUCCGCGGCGAAGAAGUUAGACUUGAUUAAAUGGCUUGACAGUCCGGCGACUGACCUUCAGACUUUUGCCGAGUGGGGGAUCCCCGUCAAUCCUGAGAUUCGUGAUAUUAAUUUGAAUCUUACAACCGACUGA